AUGCUACCGAAUGGCAAGCCCAAGACCAUUAUUGUCACUGGCAGCGCGAACGGCAUUGGCGCUCAAACAAUCCGCUCCUACCAUUCCGCCGGCUGCAACGUCGUCAUCGCAGAUUUACCCUUCACAAAAGAUGCCGCGGAGGCUGUGAUUUCCUCACUGUCAGACCCAGGAAGAGCUAUGUACCAUCCGACCGACAUCACCAGUUGGAACGAUAUCCGAGUUCUCUUUAGAGAGACGAAGAAUCGAUUCGGUCAAAUCGAUGUGGUGGUAGCUAACGCGGGGUUGAUGGAAAGCAAAGGAUUCUUCGAAUUCGAGGAAGACGAAGCUGGGGAGUUGAAAGAGCCGGUGGAGGCGUACAAGGUCGUCGAUGUCAAUUUGAAGGGAACUAUGAACAACUCUGACGGUGCAAAAGGAUCAGUAGUGCUUGUAGCUUCGACGUCAGGGUACUUUGGCGGCACGGGGGUGGUCUCAUAUAUCUCGUCUAAACAUGGUGUUGUUGGACUGGCUCGCGCAUCGCAACGAAAGGCAAAAGAGCUCGGUGUAAGAGUCAAUGUGGUCGCGCCUUUCUUCACACCAACAUACAUAACCACCGGCUACUCGCAGGAAUGGAAGAAGAGAGGAUUGCCGGCGAAUAGCGUCCAAGAUGUUGCGAAAGCGAUUAUGGAGACAAGCAUGGAUCCGAGUAAAAAAGGACAUAGCAUGAUGGUGGCCGGAGGUCUUGUCAGAGAGAUAGAGAUAGCUAGAACAGCACUCACAAAACAGUGGCUUGGGGAAGAGAUUGCAAACACAAUGGCAGAAGGUGGAAAGUUCUUUGAAGACAUGGGAGGCUACACACUACCAAAGGCACGGUCAUAA